GCUGCUGCUCCUGGGGGCCGGUGAGGGCGGGAGGCGGCGGGCGGGGAAGGGGCGGAGGCGGCCUCACCACCCACCCACCCACCGUCCUUGACCGGCCUCCGCCUCUCUUCCUCCCUCCCUCGCAGGCUCCGUCGUGGUCGCCGCCGGGAAGAUGAAGGUGGUGGAGGAGCCCAACAGCUUCGGGCUGCACAACCCCUUUCUGCCUCCCACGCACCGCCUGCAGCCCAAGGCCAGCCCAGCACCGGCUUCAGGCCCUGCCCAUUUUCUCCAGCUGGCGAGCAAGUGCUUCAGCUACAUGGAGUCCACGUACAAGUACGAAUUCUGCCCCUUCCAGAAUGUUACCCAGCACGAGCAAACUUUCCGGUGGAACGCUUACAGUGGAAUUCUUGGUAUCUGGCAUGAAUGGGAAAUUGAAAACAACACGUUUGUUGGCAUGUGGAUGAGAGAUGGAGAUGCUUGUGAAACCAGGAACAGGCAGACCAAGGUUCUCCUUGUCUGUGGAAAGAGCAACAGGCUAGCUCAUGUGUCUGAACCAAGCACUUGCGUUUAUUCGUUGACAUUUGAAACACCACUCGUUUGCCAUCCGCAUUCUCUCUUAGUGUACCCAGCCUUGCCUGAAACCCUCCAAAGAAAGUGGGAUGACCUAGAGCAGUCACUUUAUGAAGAGAUGGUCACAAAGCAGGGGUACGAGAAGAAGUUGAGAGAGAUCUUUGAAGAAGCCACAUUUUUUAAAUCAACAAAAGCGGCACAGAGUGAGCAAAAAAAUAAACUUCAGCAUCAGGAAUUUGAAUCUUUGGGAAAGUGCAAUAAGGAAUAUCAGCAACUUUCCAGAGAUGUACAGAAACUGAAAGACCUCCUAACUCAGCAUGGAGUUUCAUAUGAAGCUGCCCUGCUUGAAGACAGUGAAGAUAAGCGUGCCAUUCCACAAAGAGUUACAGAAACACCAGCUCGUACAGUUGUACCCAAGGUUGAGAUACACAAGCAUGGAGAUACUGGACUCUGGAAUGAUUCCCCCUGAAGGAAUUUACUUGGCCAAUCCGCUUAACUCUGGAUCUUUCACGCCAUCUGAGUGUUGCGAGCAUUGUGGACGACUGGAUGAUUCUUGCAAGGAUCCUAAGAACUGCAAAGGCCUUUUUGGUUAAUCAGAGCAGAUCCCAGAAGCCACUCUGUAAGGACAAAGCAGCCUUUUCUCUGCUCCACUUUGGUGAUCAGUGUGUUCUGAGAUUUGCACUUCCCUCCUUGUAGGAAUAUCAGCAACUGCAUCAAAUGCAGACCUACCAGGUGUAUUGGGUCAGACAAGUUCUAGACCAACUAAAUUCCAUCCCUUCUGAUGGUCUAGUUUGGUGUAAUGGUUAAGUGUGCAGACUCUUAUCUGGGAGAACUGGGUUUGAUUCCUCGCUCCUCCACAUGGACAUGCUGAUGUGACCUUGGGCCACCCACAAGUUCUCUCAAAGCUGUUUUGCUCAAGAGCAGUUCUGGGAGAGCUCUUUCAGCUCCACCUACCUCACAGGGUGUCUGUUGUGAGAGGGGAAGGGGAUUGUAAAGAAAUGUCAUCUUCAGGUAGUAAAGGAUGGGGUUUAAAUCAGAUCUCUUCUCCUCUUAAAGUGUUUUCCUGUUUCAAGAUACAGUCUUCUUACUGCUUAACGGUUGCCUUGUGGGAGAGCUGAGAUGCUGCUGUUCCUGUUUAGCUGUUGCUUGAUUCCACAAGCAUGGUUUGCUGUAGAAACAUCAGUCUGUCAUUUCUGUCGUAGACUAUGACACAGGCUGCAAAAUCAGCAUCUGCCUUUCCUUGCUGGAGAACAAGUGGAUAAGAGCAGGGCGCAGACAUUGAAAGAGGCCCAUGAUAUAACUGCUUCCAGUGUUCUCACUGCACACUUGAGCAGCAAAAUGGGGAGGUGGGUUAGGAGAGUGAGCAGCCAGCAAAGGGUGCUCUGCUUUUCACCAAAGAGCAUCCUCUCUCUUUUGGUCUCAAACUUAUGCCUGGAUAUGCUGUAUUAAAAAAUCUUACAGCCA